AUGCAUAACCAGAUUGAAAUCAAAGUUGAAAGUCCAAUUUCCAUUGCCAACGCCAAUUCCAAUGCACAACAUCUGAUUGUUCAUCAAAGAAAAGGAAAAGUAAACACUCGGCUUGGCCCCGAUUUAUAUCGAGCUUCUCUAAGAGGUGAUUGGAAGGCUGCUAAAACUGCUCUGAGUCAGGACAAAAAUAUAGCUUGUAUUGAGAUAACAGAAAGAGGAGAUAGGGCUCUUCACAUAGCUGCUGCCGCCAAGCAAACUGCUUUUGUCCACAAUCUAGUCGAACACUUGAAUACAAGUGACCUGGAAUUGCAGAAUAGACAUGGACAUACAGCUUUCUAUUUUGCAGUUGUAUCAGGGGUUGUAGAAAUUGCCAAGGUCAUGUACGAAAAAAAUAAGAAUUUGACAACAAUUCGAGGUAGCAUAGGAAAGACCCCACUUGAAAUGGCAAUUUUGCUCAGAAACAGAAAAAUGGUUGAGUAUCUUUACCCAAUUACACCUCUUGAAGAUCUCAAUGCCGAGGAAUGUAUCGAGAUUCUUGUAGCAACUAUCCACACUGACAUGUUUGAUAUUGCUUUGAAGAUAUUAAAUGCGGCGGGUGCAAAAAUUGUUACUUCUCCAACAACAGACAAAGGAAGGGCUUUAAAAAUUUUAGCUCGAAAACCUUUAUCACACAAUCACAGAAUUCAAGAACGGAUAUGGGAAACUCUUGUUAGCAUCAUUUUUACUGUCCCUUAUAUUCCAUAUUUCAAAAGGAUAUAUAGUUCACUUCAAAUGCGGAGACAAGCCAGUCGGUUGGUAAAGGGGCUGAGGGAACAGAUUAUGACAUUACCAGACUCCGACAUCAUAAAACUAAUUCAAGAGACUCAAGUAUUUCAUGAUGCUGCAAAAAUAGGGAAUGUUGAGUUUCUGACUCUGUUUGCUCACUUAUAUCCUGAUCUUAUAUGGAAAGUCGACUUAAAUAAAUACUCCAUAUUUCAUGUUGCUGUUAUAAACCGACAAGAGAAAGUGUUCAAUCUCAUCCACCAAAUAGGAGCUUUUAAGGAUUUAAUUACACUCUAUAAAGAUAAAGAAGGAAACAACAUUUUGCACUUGGCCGGGAAAUUAGCACCUCCAAGCAGACUCAAUAUUGUAUCUGGAGCAGCUCUUCAAAUGCAGAGAGAGCUACAAUGGUUUAAGGAGGUGGAGAAGAUUGUAUCACAUUCAUUAUUUGAUAUGAAAAACAAUGACGACAAAACACCAAGGGAGUUAUUUUCAGAGGAGCACAAGAAUUUAAGCAAAGAUGGUGAAGAGUGGAUGAAGAAGACCGCAACUUCUUGCAUGGUCGUGCCAACUUUAAUUGCCACGGUCGCGUUUGCUGCAACCUUUACUGUACCAGGCGGCAAUAAUGAAACAGGAACUCCAGUAUUCUUGAAGAACAGGUGGUUCACAAUUUUUGUUAUAUCUGAUGCAGUGGCAAUGUUCAGCUCGACAACUUCCAUAAUGAUGUUCUUGUCUAUCUUAACUUCACGCUAUACAGAAGAUGAUUUUCUAUUUUCUUUACCAGCAAAGUUGAUGGUUGGACUAGUUUCACUCUUUGCUUCAAUUGUUUGUAUGGUCUUAACAUUUAGUGCAACCUUCUUUUUGGUGUACAACGAGGAAAAGCAUGAGCAGUUGCCAAGGCUUGUUGCUGCUCUUGCUUGGCUUCCAAUCACUAUAUAUGCAGUGCUAAAUUAUAGGUUAUGGAUUGCCCUAAUCCACUCAACUUGCUGGCCGGCUAUGGUCAUGUUUCAACCAGGAAAGCAUAGGCUUUACUAA